UUAAGGCAAAUGGUGCUAGCUAGUUGAGUCACGAGAUCUAUGAUAAUUUUGUGUGAAAAAAUCUGGAAUAUCUAUAUCGCUUUAAUCAUUGCUCAGUAGCGAAUUGGAACUUGUCUGGUGUAGCUAGUAAUAGUCAUACGGAAUCGUGAUACACGAUGAAAUCUAACCGUACGUUUACGGUUUUGCUGCUACUGGGAGCAACCUUCGGUUGCGUAUUGUCAGAAAAUGUACCCGUGUUCAUUUGGGGCAAGUCAUCUGUAUCAUAUGUCCCUGCUCUGCCACAGUAUGCUACAUCAGAAUUUGCUGCCCUGGUUGAGUCUCAGGCUAAUGCGGACACAUUUACCGUAGUUUUUGUGGAAGAACAACUAUCAACCGAAGAUUUGACUCAAUGUAAGCUAAACACCCAGACGUGUUUCCGCAAUUUAGCAAAGGAGGAACGCAAAUCAUACCUUCCUAAUGUACAGGAACCACUAGCGGCGUUUGAAGACAUUCAAAGUGUUGACAUGUCCGAUGAUGGUACACUUAGCAAACCGAUUGUGCCUAAGGGUGGUGCAGUUGUCAUUGUUAAUCUGCGCGGUGAUGAUUUUGCGUCACAUGAUGCGCUUAUUAGCAGCUUAUAUAAUCGGCUCCGACAGGAAUCCAAAAGCAUCCUAGCGAUUUACACCGGAAAAACUACGUCUUUCCGCUAUUCAACGCUGGUUCGACAUACUCGACAGGCUAAACAGGACACUCCAGCUGUAGAGCCAAAAAUAAUUACCGUUCCCAACGAAUUCAUUGUGGCUUAUGAGAAAUUCAGAGCUGGCGAUGCCGCUGCCGCCAACGAGGAACUCCCAGAAGUGGUUCUGGAUUCAGCCACUAAGAACGCUGAAAACAGCUCUGCCGAAACUCUUCAAAUUGAAAUCAAGGGUCCAGGCGGUGAUCUCAAACUAAAUUUCUUGCUUACGCAAGGAUCAUGGGAAAUUGUUGGAGUUACGUACAAUAAUGAAGCUUACUAUUUGAGACAUCGCGUACACCUGAAUCAAUACUUUUCCUAUCAUUGCAAUAGUUUGGAAUAUCAUACAAUCGAUUUAAGAAAGCGUAUUGUUUUCGAACAAAUUCAGCUUCAGCCGUUCUGGGAAUGGUCUGGUGAAGAAUUCCGCUUCGGCGAUUCCUGGGAUUGCGUGGGCUUCACCUCUCCAGGUAUUUUAACUGGACUCUUUUUGGUAACAAUUUUCAUCAUCAUUGGAUCAUACGGAAUUAGUUGGAUGAUGGAUAUCCGCACCAUGGAUCGGUAUGACGAUCCCAAGGGUAAGACCAUUACCGUUACUGCAGCCGACUAAAUAGGUUGGUGGUAGGUCAGUGAAUGUAAAACAUUCAGCCAACACAGUUGACGCGUUAGGCGAAAACCUGUUUAUGCACAAAUUUAUUGUUCGCAAAAUAGAUAAUCUUGCAAAA